AUGUAUUCCCCUGACCAGUUCAUGAAUCCCGGGCCCGCCCCCCGCCCUCCAACCGACCGUCCAAAGCUCACUCUCCCUUCAAAUCCCUCCGUGGCUACUUCAUUCAGCCAAAUGAGCUUGAAUUCGCCUGGUACACCUGGAACCGCCAAUCUUUCCUUGUUUCCCAACACCAGCAGUCCAGCGCUCUCGCAAACCAAGACAAACCAGUCCGGUCAAGGGGGUGUCGCUAUCGUGAAAGAAGGAUAUGUACGCUGCAAAGAGGACAAAUUCUUGGCCACGUGGAAUCAGAGAUACCUCAUUCUGCGUGAGUUCCGUCUCGAGUUCCUUAAGAAUGAGACUGGAAAGGUGGUGUUGUCCAUCCCACUCAACACAGUGACCAAUGUGUCUCGUUCUGAAGACACUCGGAUGGCCUUCGAAAUCAUUCGUCUUGCCAACGCAAAGGACGCUGCCUCCAAGGCCGCUUUGAUAACCCGCGAUGUCCCCACCAAGUCGAUCACAUGCGAAGUCAAGAGUGAUGAUGAGAUCUACGACUGGAUUGAUAAGAUCUACGAGCGAUGCCCCGGUAUGGGAGGCGUGAGCAACCCGACCAAUUUCAGCCAUCGUGUCCAUGUUGGUUUCGAUCCACAGACAGGCGCCUUCGUCGGGCUGCCCCCGGAGUGGGAGAAGCUUCUGACCGCAUCCGCCAUUACUAAGGAGGACUACAAGAAGAAUCCUCAGGCAGUGAUUGAGGUUUUGGAAUUCUACUCCGAUAUCAAGAUGCGCGAACAGAAUCCCCAGUACUACGCCGGUCUGGCCUCGCCGCAGUCCAGCCAGCAGUCCAAGCCGUACAGUAACAGCUCGGUGGGCAGUUCCAUUGCCCCUCCGCGACCACCUCCGCCCGCUCCUGCUCAGCGUUUGGACAGCGGGCCUACCCAGGCGACACGCUCUGCAAAUUCGUCGCCUGCACACUCCCAGAGCAAGGCCGAGUCCGACCGUGCCUUCGAACAGCAGCAGCAGCAGCAGCUUGAGAGAAUGAAGGAGGUGGCAGAGCAGGAGCGUCGCCGCGUCGAGGAGGACAACCGUCGGGCUCGCCAACGCGAAGAAGAGCAGAACAGACUAGACCAGGAGGCGUACAACGCGUCGAUCCCCAAGACACGGGUCCCCUUAGCUAAGCAGGAGCUUGGUGGCUAUAGUGCUGAGUCCUCGAUGGCCGAUCGUUACAAGCCUAGCCGUCCCGCACCACAGGCUCCGGGCGCCGCUCGUCAAGAUCCUUCUCGUCAGUUGACCGCGCAGCGCCCAGCACCUGCCCCUCCGUCGAGCAAUGGAAGCGCGGGAACGCAGCGGGACUACCAGAAUUCUCCAAGCUCGCGCUAUGCUCCCAACGAUCCACGGACCCCGGCCGCUCGUGCCCAGAACAACGGCACCAAGGCGCAGGGUCCUCCCCCUUCGAAGCUUCCAGCUCCUGUGCAGCCAGUGAAACCAUUGAACAUUGCGAAUAAGCAACAAACGACCAACAAGGGCAAUGUUUCGGACGGGGUUCGUCAGGCAGAGGCCGCUCUGAGCAAGAAGGCGGAACCGCGCCAUAAGGAAGUCCGCAUGUCAGCAAUGUCCGAAAACGAAGUCAUGGAUCGAUUGCGAUCCGUGGUAUCAAAGGACAAUCCGAAUGAGUCGUAUAGUAAGCAACGCAAGAUCGGACAGGGUGCUUCAGGAUCCGUGUAUGUCGCGCGUGUCAAGGAGCAUUGUGUUUCCCCCGUCGCCCGGGAAUUGUACCGGCAAUACGGCCCUCGUUGCCAAGUGGCCAUUAAGCAGAUGGAUCUGCGCAGUCAACCCCGCAAGGAGCUGAUUGUCAAUGAGAUCAUCGUUAUGAAGGAUAGCCAGCAUGCGAACAUUGUCAACUUCCUUGAUUCGUUCUUGCAGGAGCAGAGUAACGAGCUGUGGGUUGUGAUGGAGUUUAUGGAGGGAGGCGCUCUGACGGACGUCAUCGACAACAACCCUGUGAUCCAGGAAGAUCAGAUUGCGACAAUUUGCGCAGAGACUUGCAGGGGACUUGCCCAUCUUCAUGGACAAAAUAUCAUCCACCGCGACAUCAAGAGUGAUAACGUUCUUCUGGAUCGCGCAGGUCAUGUCAAAAUUACCGAUUUUGGAUUCUGUGCCAAACUCACCGAGUCGAAAAGCAAACGUGCAACGAUGGUCGGUACUCCAUACUGGAUGGCUCCGGAGGUGGUCAAGCAGAAAGAGUAUGGCCCCAAAGUCGACUGUUGGUCAUUGGGAAUCAUGGCCAUUGAGAUGAUCGAGUCCGAGCCACCAUACCUCAAUGAGGAACCUCUCAAAGCGCUGUAUCUCAUUGCUACGAACGGUACUCCGCGCCUGAAGAAGCCUGAGAAGCUCAGCAAGGAGCUCAAGUCCUUCCUGAGCGUUUGUCUCUGCGUCGAUGUACGUAGCCGUGCCACCGCCGAUGAAUUACUGGAACACGACUUCCUCAAGACAGGCUGCAGUCUGGCAAGCCUGGCCGAGCUCCUUCGGUGGAAGAAGAACAGUGGCCAGUGA